GAGGAGGAGGCGCCGCCGCUGCUGCUGCUGCUGCUCUAUCAGCCUCAUACAUGACGUGACCCGGCGGCAGCACUCCGGAGCCCGGGCUAGGAUGAGCCAGCUCUGACAUCUCCCGCCGACAUGCUGAGCACACCUUGAGGGCAGCCACCAGGAGCAGGUCUUGCGGGUGAAGAACUACUCUUUUCUGAUAUACAAUUGUCAAUUUGCCAAACAAGAUGGCAGAAGGUGCCCGUCUGAGAACUAGUGCUGAGAAGAUUCCUGAAGAGCAGGCCCAGGAAUCUGCCUCUGGUUCAAGUGCUGGAGGAGGAGGAGGUGGGGUGGCUCUUAAGAAGGAGAUCGGGCUAGUAAGUGCCUGUGGCAUUAUAGUAGGAAAUAUUAUCGGCUCUGGGAUAUUUGUAUCUCCAAAGGGAGUACUUGAAAAUGCUGGGUCAGUGGGUAUGGCCCUCAUCGUGUGGAUUGUCACUGGAGUAAUCACUGCAGUGGGUGCCCUAUGUUACGCCGAGCUUGGAGUCACCAUUCCCAAAUCUGGAGGAGACUAUUCAUAUGUUAAGGACAUCUUUGGUGGACUAGCGGGUUUCCUCCGACUCUGGAUUGCGGUUUUGGUCAUCUAUCCUACAAACCAGGCAGUCAUUGCAUUGACCUUUUCAAACUAUGUACUACAACCUCUCUUCCCAACCUGUUUCGCACCGGAGUCGGGACUCCGUCUGUUGGCAGCGGUUUGUCUAUUGCUGCUCACCUGGGUGAACUGUGCCAGCGUACGAUGGGCCACCCGAGUUCAAGACAUAUUCACAGCUGGGAAGCUGCUUGCAUUGGGACUGAUUAUAAUCAUGGGACUUGUCCAGAUCUGUAAAGGGGAAUAUUUCUGGCUGGAACCAAAGAACGCUUUUGAGAAUUUCCAGGAGCCAGACAUUGGUCUCAUUGCGUUGGCAUUCCUUCAAGGAUCCUUUGCGUACGGUGGCUGGAACUUUCUUAACUACGUCACAGAGGAGCUGGUGAAUCCCUACAAGAAUCUCCCACGUGCCAUCUUCAUCUCUAUUCCACUUGUCACCUUUGUUUAUGUUUUUGCAAACAUUGCCUAUGUGACAGCUAUGUCCCCUCAGGAGCUACUGGCUUCCAAUGCCGUGGCUGUGACAUUUGGUGAAAAAUUGCUAGGUGUCAUGGCCUGGAUAAUGCCAAUAUCUGUCGCUCUCUCCACAUUUGGAGGAGUCAAUGGAUCUCUCUUUACUUCUUCCAGGUUGUUUUUUGCUGGGGCUAGAGAGGGUCAUCUACCAAGUAUCUUAGCCAUGAUCCACAUCAAACGAUGCACCCCAAUCCCAGCACUUCUCUUCACGUGCCUCUCCACCUUACUCAUGUUGGUGACUAGUGACAUGUAUACUCUGAUCAAUUAUGUUGGCUUCAUCAACUACCUGUUCUACGGUGUUACUGUUGCUGGACAGAUUGUCUUGAGAUGGAAGAAGCCAGACAUCUUUCGACCAAUUAAGGUUAACCUCAUAUUUCCAGUGAUCUACCUCCUCUUCUGGGCUUUUCUGCUUAUCUUCAGCCUGUGGUCGGAACCCAUCGUUUGCGGAAUAGGCCUAGCCAUCAUGUUGACUGGAGUCCCUGUCUACUUCCUUGGGGUUCAUUGGCAAAAUAAGCCCCAAUGCUUCAAUAACUUUGUUGAUGCAAUGACACGUGGAGGCCAGAAGCUAUGUGUGGUGGUUUAUCCUCAGAUGGACAACAAAGAAGAAGAUGUCAGCGAGGAGACAAAAGAGCAGAGAGCUCCAAUAUAUAAGCCAGGGUCUGAGGCUGGAGAUGGUGCUCACGACUGAGCUCCUUUACACCUCUGCUGAGCUUUCACUCCAAUCCCACUGCCCCUAAAAAUCCUUGCUGUCAGGACCAUACUGUGGAUGGAACGUGGUGUAUCUGUGUAUGUGUGCGUGCACCUCAGUGUGCACAUAGACUAUGCUGGUCAUUAUACUUCUUGUCUCCGUUGCCCUCAGGUAAUAGUGGUGUCCCAGGGUACAAUCACUCGGUUUAAAGUCAGUGCUACGUAAUUGUAUUUGUUACAUAUGCAGUUGUGCAUUGUUUCUAUGUAGCUCAAUAUCUUCUGUACUAUUGAACCGUUCUUUUUAUCACCACUACAUACAGUGCCCUUAAUAAUAUACUAGUUUUCCUGGUGGGUAACAAAAGGAAAUGCAACACUGCUCUGCCUAACUGAUGACCUAAUGUCUAUGCACCUUGUGAUAGGAAAUCUAAGCUCUAAGUGUGUCCCUGUCAUGACCCCCAGCAAACCUCUAAGGCUUCAAGUGAUAGGUUGUUCCUCAUGAUGAGCCACAAUGGACUUUACAUUUGCUGGAUUGAGGUACCUGAAAAGUUCGCUGAUCAACUGCCUGUGCGCUCUUUCCAUGACCCUGCUGCUUAGUAUUGAACAUUUCAUAUGGCAUCACCAAAAUAACAUUCACUGCUAAAUGAGACCUCCACAAAAAUUACUCCUUGAACUUUCUGCAGGCCACAUGUGGACUUUCUAGCUUUCUAAAGGUGCGACUUGCUACAAAGGAGGUCACUGUGGUCUCAGGUUCUCCUUCCCCAGACUGUUCUAGGACACAUUGGUCCUUAUUUCAAUUUAAAUCUGUGGUUAACCAUAACCUCCUGAGGGCACUCCAGUCUCUUACUACCCAAAUGUUCUAGUCACACUCCGGGAUCUCUGGGUGAUUAUUUACCAGGUGUUAAUUCUCCAGAAUACUCUACAUGUUUUAUAUAUAUUUUUAUUUUAUUUAGGAUCUAUUGUCUCUGAAUGUAAUAAAAUGAAUUUUGUGCCUUU